UGAGCGGGGGAGGGGGGGGGAGACAGAGAGAGAGGGAGACACAGAAUCUGAAACAGGCUUCAGGCUCUGAGCUGUCAGCACACAGCCUCACGUGGGGCUCGAAGUCACGAAUGGUGAGAUCAUGAUCUGACUGAAGUCGGAUGCUUAACCGACUGAGCCACCCAGGUUCCCCUGAAAAAGUUUUAAUACUUAAAAAUGGUUAAGAUGGUAAAUACUGUGUUAUGCUUUUAAGCACAUUUUAUAAAAGUGUAUGAUUAAGUAGUGUUAAGUAUAUUCAUAUUGUUGUGAAACAGAUCUUCAGAACUUUUUCAUCUUGCAAAUCUGAAACAUUAAACCCAUUAAACAACAAUUCCUCCCCUUUUCCUGUUUAACCACCAUUCUACUUUCAGUUACUAUCCAUAUCACUACUUCCAUUUACCUCAUAAAUGUGAAAUCAUACAUAUUUGUCUUAAUAUGACUGCCUCAUUUCACAUGGUGUCCUGACAGUUCAUUUGUAUACCAUGUGGCAGGAUUUCUGUUUUAAGGCCAAAUAAUACUCCUUGGUAUGUAUAUGAAUUUUGUUUAUUCAUUCAUCAUCUGAUGGGCAGUUGGGUUUCUUCCACCUCUUGGUUUUUUCGUAUAGGGCUGCUAUGAAUAUGGGCAUGCAAAUGUCUCUUCAAGACCUGGCUUUUAAUCUUUUGGAUAUAUAUACUCAAGCGGAAUUUCUGGAUCAUAUUAAUAGCUAUAUUUUUAAUAUUUUGAGGAACUGUCACAGUAAUCCAUGCAGGUAAUGGUUAUAUCAUAAUCCAACCAACAGUGCACAGGAGUUGCAGAGUUUCUCCACAUCGUCACCAACACUUAUUGAUGAAUAUUUUGAACAAUUGUACAGAAAAACAUCAUUUAGCAUCGAGCUCCCAUAUGUGCUGUGCUCCCAACCCCCAAAACAGUUUUCCUCUCUUGUUAACAUCUUGCAUUACAGUGGUACCUUUGCUGCAAUUAACCAAUUUUGAUACAUUGUUAUUAUUAAAUCAUGUCCAUAGUUUAAUGUUCAUUUUGUGUUGUAUUGGUCAGUGGGUUUCAACAAAAACAUAAUGUUACGGAUUCAUCAUUACAGUAUCCUACAGAGCAGUUUCACCACCCUUAAAAUUUCCCUGUGCUUCUCCUGUUCAUCUUCCUCCAUACCCCUCAACACUUGGUAACCCCUGAUCUUUGAUACUUUUGCCUUUUCUGUAUGUCAUAGUUGGAAUCAUGCAGUAUGUGUAGCCUCCUCAGACUGACUUCUUUUCCUUUUUGAAAUAUGCACUUAAGGUUCCUUCAUGUCUUUUCAUGGCUUGGUAGCUCAUCUCUUUAUUGAUGAAUAAUAGUCCCUUGUAUGGAUGUGCUACAAUUUAUCCAUUACUUGUUGAAGGAUACUUGUUUGAUUCCAAGUUUGGGCAGUUAAGAAUAAAGCAGCAUUAAAUAUUCACGUAUAGAUUUCUGUGUGGACACAGAUUUUCAGCUAAUUUAGGUAAGUACCAAAGGAGCAUGACUGAUGGAUCUUUGAUAAGAGUACAUUUAGUUUGUAAUAACAAACUGCCAAACAGUUUUCUAAAGUUGCCAUUUUCAUUGGCAUUCUCAGCAGCAACGAUUGAGAGUUGGUGUUGAUUCACAUCCUGGCCCAUGUUUUGAUUUUCAGCCAUUCUAAUGGAUGUGCAGUGGUAGCUCUCACUCUUACUGUAAUUUGCAUGUUCCUGAUGACCAUCAUGUUGAACAUCUUUUAAGAUGCUUCAAAUUUACCAUCUGUGUAUCUUCUUUGAUGACAUGACCAUUCAGAACUUUUGCCUUUUAAAAAUUUUGGUUGCUGAUCAGAGUUGGCUGUUAAUAAUUGCUUUAAGAAUUCUUUGUAGGUAUUGAGUAUCAGUCCUUAAUCAGAUAGGUGUUUUUGCAAAUAUUUUCUCCCAGUCUGUGGUAUGUCUUUUUGUUCUCUUAAUAAGGUCUUUUGCAGAACAGACAUGUUUCCAAUUUUAAUAAAGACUGAUUUUUUUUCAUUGAUCAUGCUUUUGGUUUUUGUAUUUAAAAACUCAUAAACACAAAGUAACUUAGGUUUUCUCCUUAUAUUUCCUAAAAGUUUUAUAGUUUUAUAGUACAUGUUUAGUAUAUACUAUAUAUUUAUAUAGAUAGUAAAUAUGUAUCUGUAUAUGUAUAUAUAUGUAUACAAACACAUAAUAAGUGUAUAUAUGUAUAUGUAUAUAUGAAUAGAGUAGGUCUUGAAGUCUGGUAUUGUCUUCCAGCUUUUCCUUCUGAAUUGUGUGUGUUGUUCGUGGUCUUUUGCCUUUGCAUAUAAAAUUUAUUUCUAUUUUUAAUGUUUAUUUAUUUUUGAGAGAGAGCGACAGCACAUAGGAGGUGUAGAGAGAGAGGGAGACAGAUGAUCUGAAGCAGGCUCUGUGCUGAAACCAGAGAGCCCGAUGUGGGGCUCAAACUCGUGAACCAUGAGAUCAUGACCUGAGCUGAAGUCAGAAGCUUAACUGACUGAGCUACCCAGGCACCCCUCCCUAUAAAGUUUAGAAUCGUUUUGUCGAUAUCCACAAAAUAGCUUCCUUGGACUUUUGUAGGAUUCCAUUGAAUCUACAGAUGUAGUUGGGAAGAUUUGACAUCUCAAAAUAUUGAGUCUUCCUGUCCACAUACAUGGAAUAUCUCUUCAUUUAUUCAGAUUUUUUAUUUCUUUUAUCAGAAUUUUUUGUAGUUUUCCUUAUAUAGAUCCCUGUGCAUCUUUUUCUGGAUUUAUACCCACUAUUUUUCCUUGUUUGGUGCUAAUGUAAAUAGUAUUUAUUGUUCUCAGUUUCAAAUUCCUAUUGUUCAUUGCUGGUAUGUGAGAAAGCAAUUAACUUUUAUAUAUUUACCUUUUAUCCUGCAACCUUGCUAUAAUUGCUCAUUAGAGCUAGAAGGGUUUAUUGUGGUGGUGGUUAGAAUUUUAGAAUUUUCUACAUAGAUAUAUCACCUGCAGAUAGAGUUGUCUUCCUUCUUGAUCUGUACACUUUAAAAUUUGUCUUUUUUUUUUUAUGGAAUGCUUUUUGAAUUUGUGUGUUAUCUUUGCACAAGGGCAGUGCUGAUCUUCUCUGUUGUUCCAGUUAAAAUGUUCUUUUUUAUUUGCCUAUUGCAAUAAUUAGGACUUUGAUUACAGUGUUGAAUAGGAGUGGUGAAAGGGGACAUCCUUUCAUUGUUCCUGAUGUUAGGAAGGAAAGCAUCUAAUUUCUUACUAUUAAAUAAGAUGUUUAGCUGUAGGUUCUGGUAGAUUAUUAUCAUGUUAAAAGAGUUCCCCUCUAUCCCUAGUUUCCUGAGAGUUUUUAUUUUGAAUGGGUAAUUGAUUUUGUCAAAGGCUGUUUGUGCAUAUAUUAAAAUGGUCAUAUGGUUUUUCUUCUUGGGCCUGUUUGGCCAGUUAAUGAUAACAUACAGUAAUAGAUGUUCAAAUGUUGAACCAGCUUGCAUACCUGAGAUAAAUUUCACUUGUUAUAUAGUUCUUUGUGGAUUCAAUUUGCUAAUACAUUGUUGAGGGAUUUUGCAUCGAUGUUCAUGAAAGAGAUAUUAGUAGUUUUCUUUUCUUGUGAUGUCUGUCUGGUUUUGGUCUGUCUGGUAUGCUGGCUUCAUCAAGUGGGUUAGCAAGUGUACCUUCUGAUUCUGUAUCCUGGUUUCAAUUAUAGAGAACUGGUAUCAUUUCUUCCUUAAAUGUUUGGUAGAAAUCAUCACUGAAUUCAUCUGGGCCUGAUGCCUUCUGAUUUGGAAGAUAAUUAAUUAUUGAUUACAUUUGUUUAAUAGAUACAGACCUAUUCAGAUGAUCUGUUUCUCCUAUGUGAAUUUUGGUAGACUGUGUUUUAAGGAUUGGUCCGUUUCAUCUGAGUUAUCAAGUUUGUGGGCAUAGAGUUCACAGUACUCCUAUAUUUUCCAUUCACUGUUCAUGGGAUUAAUAAUGAUGAUACUUCCUUCAUUUCUGAUAUUAAUUUCUGACUUCACUUUUUUUUUCUUGGUUAGCUUAGCUAGAGUUUAAUCAAUUUUAUUGACCUUUUCAAAGAAUCAGUUUCAUUAAUACUUAUUUUCAAUUUUUUAAAAUCUGAAUUCCAGUUAGUUAACAUAUAAUGUAAUAUUGUUUUCAGUGAUUCAUCACUUACAUAUAUAGCACCUGGUGCUCAACAUGACUAGGGGCCCUCCUUAGUACCCAUCACCCAUUUAGCCCAUCUCCCAAUCACCCCCUCCAUCAACCUUAAGUUCUCUAUCAAAAAGAGUCUCUUAUGGUUUCUCUCUUUAUCUCUUUUUUCCCCUUCCCAUACGUUCAUCUGGUUUUUUUCUGAAAUUAUACAUAGGAGUGAAAUCAUAUGGUAUUUUUCUCUGCCUGACUUAUUUCCCUUAUCAUAAUACACUCUAGCUCCAUCCACGUCAUGGCAGUUUCAUUGAUACCCUUUAUUGGAUUACUGUUUUCAAUUUUAAUGAUUUCUGCUCUAACUUCUUUUCUGCUUCCUUUAAGUUUAUAAUGCUGUUCUUUCUUUACUUUCCUAAGAUGGAAGCUAAAUGGUUGGUUUUAGGGCUUCUUUUCAAAUAUGUACUUUGACUGCUAUAAAUUUCCCUGUAAACAUUGCUUUUUGUACAUCCCCCAAAUUUUAGUAAGUUUUAUAUUGGUUUCAUUUAGUAAAAAAAAUACUUUAAAGUUUCUCCUGAUAUUUGACUCAUGUCAGAUAUCCUGUGCGCCCCAAUCUUCAUGUAUUUUGAAAUUUUCCCACUAUCUUUUAUUGAUCUGCAGGGUUUUUUUUUUUAAUGUUUAUUUAUUUUGAGAGAGAAGGAAUGAGUGGAGGAGUGGCAGAGAGAGAGCGAGAGAGAGAAAAUCCCAAGCAGGCUCUGGCCAUCAGCACAGAGCCUGACAUGGGGCUCGAACUCAUGAACUGUGAGAUCAUGCAUGACCUGAGCCAAAACCAGAAGUCAGACACUUAACCAACUGAGCCACCCAGUGACCCCUUUGAUCUCCAUUUUAAUUUUGUUGCAGUCUUAAGAGCACAUACAAAUUUUUGUCUUUUUUUAAGUUGAAGUAUAAAUAACAUACAGUAUUAGUUUCAGGUAUACCAUAUAAUGAUUCAAGAAUUCUAUACAUUACUCAGUGCUCAUCAUGACAAGUGUACUCUAAUAAUCACUUUAAAUGUGAAUUUAAAGCCAAUUAAAAGAUAGACACUCUUGGAGUGGAGAGCACAUUUGUAUGAUUUUUAAUCUUUUAAAUUUGUUAAAGGUGUGUUUUAAGGUACAGAAUGUGAUCUGUCUUGGUGAAUGGUCCAUGUGGGCUUCAGAAGAAUGUGAAUAGCCUUGUUGGUUAAAAUAAUCUAUAGAUGUCAGUUUUCUAAUUUUCUGUAUGUUAGAUCUGUCAGUUGCUAAUACAGGAGUGUAGAAGUCUCCAGCUAUAGUAGUGAUUUAGUCUAUUUCUCCUUGUAGUCUUACCAGUUUUUGCUCACAGAUUUUGACACACUUUUGUCAGUGCAUACAUAUUAAGGAUUAUUAUGUCUUUGACCCCUUUAUCAUUAUGCAUUCUGUCUUUUUAUCCCUACUUAGCUUAAUCUAAAGUCUGCUUUGUUUGAAAUCAAUGUAGCUGCUCCAGCUUUCUUCUUCUUCUUCUUCUUUUUUUUUUUAAGUUUAUUUAUUUUGAGAGAGAGAUAAAGAGAGAAUCCCUAGCAGGCUUCACACUCAGCAUGGGGCCUGAUGUGGGGCUUGAUCCCACUAACCGUGAGAUCAUGACCUAAGCCGAAAUCAAGAGUCGAAUGCUUAACUGACUGAACCGUCCAGGUGCCCCUCUUUCUUCUUUUUUAAUGUAAGCAUUUAUAACUAUAAGUUUUUCCCUCAACACUGCUUUUGCUGCAUCUCAUAGGUUUUGGUAUGUUGUGUUUUCAUUUUUAUUCCUGAGUGUUUUCUAAUUUUCCUCAUGAUUUAAGAGUGUGUUGUUCAAUUUCCACUAAUUUGUGAGUUUUCCAGUUUCUUUGUUACUAAUUUCUUUAUCUGUUAUGGUCAGAGAAAAAUUUUUUUAAUCUUUUUAAAUCUGUUGGACUUAAUUUGCAUGAACAUAUGGCCCAUCCUGGAGAAUAUCCCACGUGUAUCUGAGAAGAAUGUGUAUUCUUUUAUUGGGUAGAGUGUUCUGUAUAAUACAUCUGUUAGAUCUAGUUGGUUUAUUGUGUUAUUGAAGAUGUUUCCUUACCUGCUUUCUGAUUCUUUGAUUGGUUAUUGAGAGUGGGAUAUUGAAGUCUCCACCUGUUACUAUGAAAUUAUUUCUUCCUUCAAUGUUGGCUUCAUAUGUUUGAUCAUCUUAUUAAGUACAUAAAUAUUUAUAAUUGUUUUAUCUUCUUGCUGUAUUGAACUUUUUGGUAGUAUAUAUUGUCAUUUGUCUCUUGCAGUCCGUUUUGAUUUAAAAUCUUUUUUGUCUGGGGUGCUUGGGUGACUAGUCACUUGAGUGUCCAACUGCUCAGGUCAUGGUCUUGUUCAUGAGUUUGAGCCCCACAUCAGGCUCACUGCUGUCAGUGCAGAGCCUAUUUUGGAUCCUCUGUCCACCUCCCACCCCUCCCCUACUUAGGCUCGCUGUCUCACUCUCAAAAAUAAACAUUAAAAAAUAAAAUAAAUUCACACAAAAAUAAGAUCUUUUUUGCCUGAUAAUAGUAUAGGAGGUUUACAGAUUUUAACAAUAAGUGUGUUAGGCUACAUGAGCCAUGUUUUUGGUCUGUGUUACCUAUUCUUUCAUUUAUUAAGCCAUUUUUCACUCUGGGGCUGUCCAAAAAUAAGCCUGAGGUAGGCUGCUAAUCCCUGCUGUAUCUUGAACAGACUUUUAAAAUGGUAAUGAAUUUAUUCAUCCUUUUCUUUACGGUUAGUGCUUUUGUCUUGCUCAAGAAUUCUUUCCUUAAUCUGAGAUUUUGAAGAUAUAUAUUACAUCCUAAAAGCAUUAUUGUUCUGCCCUCACAUUUAGGUCUAUAAUCCUACAACUGAUGUGUCAGCCAGAAGUUUUAUUUUACCUCCCUUCCCCAAUGUCUUUACCAUGUAUACUAAGCAUAAGGGGCAGAGAGAGAGAGUGAGAGAGACAGGACAGACAGAAUCUGAAGCAGGCUCCAGGCUCUGAGUUGUCACCAUAGAGCCUGACGUAGGGCUCGAACCCAUGAACCGCAAGAUCAUGACUUGAGCCAGAGUCAGACACUCAACCGACUGAGCCACCCAGGCACCACUCUAAGCAUAAUUUUUGAUGUUGCCAUUUUUCCUUGGUGUUGUAAACUUCUACUUUGAUAAAUUAUGUGACUUCAUAUAUAUUGGUUUGUUUCUGGGAUUUCUGUUCUGUUUUUUUGUUUGUUUUUUAAUCUGUCUAUCCCUGUACCAAUCACUGUUUUAAUUUCUCUAGUUUCAGAAACCAUCUGAAUUUCUGGUAGUGCAAGUUCCACCACUUCUUCCUUGGUGAUUGUCUUGCCUGUUCUUGGCCCGGAUAGCAUUUUUGCAAGGAGAAAGAAAAGGACAAGAAAACUUGAAGAAGGAUUUAGUAAGAAGAAUAAAGAUGUUAGAGUAUGCAUUAAAACAAGAAAGGGCAAAAUAUCACAAAUUAAAAUAUGGCACAGAACUGAACCAAGGUGAUUUGAAAAUGCCAACCUUUGAAUCAGAAGAAACCAAAGACACAGAAGCUCCCACAGCACCUCAGAAUAGCCAGUUAACGUGGAAGCAAGGCAGACAACUGUUAAGACAAUAUCUUCAGGAAGUAGGUUACACAGAUACAAUAUUAGAUGUCCGAUCUCAGCGGGUAAGGUCAUUACUUGGACUAUCCAGUUCAGAACCAAAUGGAUCGGUAGAAACAAAGAACUUAGAACAGAUCCUGAAUGGAGGUGAAUCUCCUAAGCAAAAAGGACAAGAAAUCAAAAGGCCCUCUGGUGAUGUUCUUGAGACAUUCAAUUUUUUAGAAAAUGCUGAUGACAGUGAUGAAGAAGAGGAAAAUGACAUGAUUGAAGGUAUCCCAGAAGGAAAAGAUAAACAUCGGAUGAAUAAACACAAAAUAGGUAAUGAAGGUUUAGCUGCUGACCUAACUGAUGAUCCUGAUACUGAGGAAGCACUGAAAGAAUUUGAUUUUUUAGUGACUGCUGAAGAUGGUGAAGGAGCUGGAGAAGCACGGAGUUCAGGGGAUGGCACAGAAUGGGAUAAAGAUGACCUCUCCCCACCUACUGAGGUUUGGGAUGUAGACCAGGGGCUAAUAAGUAAACUGAAGGAACAGUACAAGAAGGAACGAAAGGGGAAGAAAGGGGUGAAGACUGAACCAAUAACGUUUCCAUCUGGAGGAGGCAAGUCAUUUAUUAUGGGUUCUGAUGAUGUUUUGUUAAGUGUACUGGGCCUUGGAGACCUUGCAGACUUGACGGUAACAAAUGAUGCAGACUAUAGUUAUGAUUUGCCUGCCAAUAAAGAUGCCUUUCGAAAGACAUGGAAUCCCAAGUAUACACUACGUAGCCAUUUCGAUGGAGUACGGGCAUUAGCUUUUCAUCCUGUAGAACCUGUGCUGGUUACUGCCUCUGAGGACCAUACUCUGAAACUUUGGAACUUGCAAAAAACAGUUCCUGCCAAAAAGAGUGCCUCUUUAGAUGUAGAGCCUAUCUACACAUUUAGGGCCCACAUUGGUCCUGUUCUAUCACUAGCUAUUAGUUCUAAUGGAGAACAGUGUUUUAGUGGUGGUAUAGAUGCAACCAUCCAGUGGUGGAAUAUGCCUAGCCCUAACGUGGAUCCAUAUGAUACAUAUGAGCCAAAUGUUCUAGCUGGCACUUUAGUUGCACAUACAGAUGCUGUCUGGGGUCUUGCUUAUAGUGGCAUAAAAAAUCAAUUACUGUCUUGUUCAGCAGAUGGCACUAUUAGGUUAUGGAAUCCACAAGAAAAAUUGCCAUGUAUUUGCACUUACAAUGGAGACAAGGAGCAUGGAAUCCCUACAUCAGUUGACUUUAUAGGCUGUGAUCCAGCUCAUAUGGUGACCUCUUUCAACACUGGUAGUACAGUAAUUUAUGAUUUAGAAACAUCACAAUCAUUGGUGAUGCUUUCCUCACAGAUAGAUUCUGGUUUACAAUCCAAUAAUCACAUUAACAGAGUAGUAAGUCAUCCCACACUUCCUGUUACAAUAACUGCUCAUGAAGAUAGACACAUCAAAUUUUUUGAUAAUAAAACGGGUAAAAUGAUCCAUUCUAUGGUAGCUCAUUUGGAUGCUGUUACAAGUCUAGCAGUAGAUCCUAAUGGAAUCUAUUUGAUGUCUGGAAGCCAUGACUGUUCUAUUAGAUUAUGGAAUUUGGACAGCAAGACAUGUGUACAAGAAAUAACAGCACAUAGGAAGAAAUUAGAUGAAUCAAUUUAUGAUGUUGCUUUCCAUCCAUCAAAAGCAUAUAUUGCCAGUGCAGGGGCUGAUGCCCUUGCCAAAGUAUUUGUGUGAAUCGGCAAAAAUCACAUCGUCAACAACAGAUUUGCUUGGACAGAAAGAGGGUCUGCAUCACUGCCAUCAACAAGGUUACUGAUAUGACACUACAUGUGAUCUGCCUGGAGAAGGCUAUUCGAGGCAGGCAUAAAUUGGUGGAAAUCACAUCUUAAUGUCAGGCUCAUUAAUUUAAUUGUAAUUACUGUAUUUCGUGGGACAAAUAAAAAGGACUCCAUUAUUUGUGGCCUGUACUGGAUAUGAACUGAGCGUAUGUCUGUUUUUUAGGUAUCUUUAAGCCAAUGUGGAGUCUGAUCUUAAAAAGACUUUUAUUUUGGACUCUGUGUGCUGCCUUAGGGUUAGGAAUGUGGUGCUCUUGUUGGGGGAAAGUGAGCUCCAAGAGUAGCUUUUUUUCAUCUCUUAGUGAUUUUCUGUUUAUCAGUUGAAUGCCACAGAUUCCCUUUUAAACUUAUUUUGCUUUAAAAAAAAAAAAAAAAGAAAAUUUAACUUAAAAUAUUUUAGCAUUAGUUGCACAAAAUGUUUGGAUAAAAUUCUAGUUUUUAUAAGUCUUUUUAUAUAUUUAGCCUGUCACAACAGUGCUCAAGAUUGUAUUGAAGUUUUUCUGCAUUAUACAACCCUAAAACACAGAGAUCUCACUGACCCGCUGCCGUGUAACCACACUUUUUCCUUCUUUUGCCUAAUACAGCUCAGCUAAGUCCUUCCAUAAAGAUGCUAAAUCACCUUCAUCAUCACAUAAUUGUUUUCAUAUAAACCAAGGACUAUUAAGUGUAUUAAAAAUGAAACAGUGGGGUUUAGUACUCCAGAUGAACUCUUUAAAAAAAAAAAUGAACUAAUCUUGGCAUCCUAUCACUAUGUGAUAUUUUGUACAUCUUACUGUAUUUACAAGUUUAUUUAUCAAGGAUUAUCCAUCUUGCUAAUAGCCUAUUAUUUAUUUCACUUUUUGUUGGUCUUUAUAUCCUUUUAUUAAUGUGCUAAAGGAACCUGUAUAUCUAUUUUGGAACUCUUUGAAUAGUCUAAAAUAGACUAAAAAUGGAAUAUUUUAUAGUUUAAGUUACAAACCAAGGUGAUUUCCCCCAGAUGCAUAUCUUGGUUUACCAUGAUUCCAAACAAAACUAUCUUGUUUAAAAAUAUUUGGGGUAAAAUUGUAUUUGCAUUACAAAUAGGAUACAAAAAUAGUUGAAUCAGGUUACAGAAAUCUGUGUUUGGACUAGUUAUCCCAUUUUAUUUUUUCAGAUGUGCUUAAUUUUAUGGUGUAACUAAAGAUUUUGUUUGUGUAAUGCAUGAUUAAGACAAUAAAGUAUUUUUUCUAGUCUUCCAAAAACUUUUCUGAUCAGUUUGCGAGUUUUGAUGAGUUUUGUAAGGUUUUUGUUUUACAAACUAUGAAUCAGCAAAUUUUUAAGAUUGUACCACAUAGCAAACGUACACCUGUUGAAAAAUAAUGUAUAUAAAAUGCAUAUAAUAAAUAUUAAAUUGUGUACCUGUA